AUCAAUUGGGGGCUGGAAAUAUAACGUGGGGUGGUUCGGUUUAAACGUCCGGAAAUAUGAGGAGCGUGAAAACAUCGUGUGGCAGUUGGUAAUAAAUUGGACUAGUUUAAAUUAACGGUUGUUUAUAGGUUGAAGAAACUAAAUAAACGAGCCAACGUGCAGAAGAUUGAAUGUUUGUCGAUAGAGUAAACAAAUCAAAGCCAGGCUAAGCUGAAAUGAAUAAACAAAGAAACGUGGAAGACUGUAAUUAACAACCGGUGAAUAAUCUAUUGUGAAAUUAUCGUUCUUUUGAAUCGUCGCUGAGCAUUUUAUAUUAUUUAUUAAAUAUUUACCGUUAACGUCUGCAAGACAGGCACUUACGGCGUUUGAGGGAAAAAUGAUAUUAAGAAGGCAAGGAAAAUAAAGCAACGAAACCUCAUUUCCAUCACUGUCAAAAGUGAUGUUGAUAAAUAAUGUUUGCGAUAAUGUGCCGCCUCGUGUAACAACGCAAGGAUCGUGCCUGCAGCACCGAGAAAGGACCUUCAAUUAAAGUAGCUUUCGAAGAGCCGUGCGGAAUCGGUGAGCGGAUUCUGUCGUCGAUCUGCAGUCAUAGUGGGAGAGAAACUAUCAAUUGCAAAGUGCCGUUCCGACGGUGGACAAUAAAUAGAACUGGCACGGACCGGGCAUCCAGACCCAGGGAAUGGGGUCGUAAAAACUUUAUGCAAGCUUUGCAGCGAAGCUUAAUCGAAACUGAAUAACUUCUUUUUGCCGAUGUAACGCCUCGAGACUUCUAAACCAGGGCAAAAAAAAAAAAACUUCAAGAAUCACAGAACGAGAAUAUAUUUCAAGGAAUUAAAAUACUUCUCAUCAUACAUGAAUAGCUGACAGUGGUGUGUAACAGUUUCUUUUCCGGACUGUUAUUUUUUCACCUUCUCUUUUUUUCUACCAUUAUCAAGAAGGUUAAAUGGUGCAUCGACAGCCGUUAAAGGCGUAAAAAAUUCGACGGAAAAGUGGCGCGAUAUUUCCCGCGGGUAAAUAUUUCUAAUAGUUGUAAGUAAUCUUUUUGCAAAGCAGUGAGGUUUCCUUUCAUUUUCAAUUUACAUGGAAAAAAUAUGUACGUUUGUGUAUAUUUUUACACGUGAUAAAUCGAACGCAGAAAAAUUCGUGAGAGAAACUUGCAUCUCGGCAUUUACGAGGUAUGACGUGUAACGUUAAAAAAAUUUUACAUCUUCAUCCUGGGAAUAAAAGUUGUACAAUUUUAAAGCGCACCUCCACUUUCGUUCCAGGCUGUAGCCACAGUACUUUAAACGAGGAAGCUGACAAUAAUUAACAUAAAUGCAGAUUACAUUGUUGUGUCUGUUUAAACUUUGCAUAAUUCAUACGGCGGUUUUAAUUAUUGAGUGUAGCAACGGUAAUUAUAAUGUAUUCGUUCGAAUUAACGAUUUGAUUUUGAAUAAGGGUGCGGUAAAAUUAGCCGAAUAUAAUCCAAUUCCUCGAUUACAUCUAAAAUUUACGUUGAAUGUAUGACAGGGGUAAAGCUUGAUUGGAAAAAGGUGUGUUGUGAAAGGGGUGGGACGUAAACGAAAUAAAAAAUCUCGACCACUCUCCGCGGCAAGUUUCGAUUCUCGUUCAUGGUCGGCUAACACUUGUCGAAUAUUCCGCUCGCGUACGAAUAAAUCCGUUCGGUUAAAACAAAGCUUCGUUAAAUUCGUUUAAAAAAUUCAUGCAACAACCAUCGCAGCGCGUUACGUUGUGGCGGUGAGUUUAAUCACUCCGAUGUUAAUUGCGAAAUGACGUGACGCGGGGGUUAAUUUCGGUAAAAUCGUGAUUAUCAAUCAACGCGGUCUAAUUUUCGCACCGGGGAGUGAGAUAAAAAAUCGUGGAAAUAAUCGCUGGGUGAAACUGGUGUUUCAAUCAGUUCGGAGCGGAGAGAAUCAGUGUGGAAAGGAGGAAAAGAAGAUCCAUAAGGGGGGGAAAGGAGGCUGGGAGGAGGGCAUAAAGGGAAAAAGAGACAGUCAUCCCCUGGUAAUUGGGGAUGCCCCAAACGGAGGAGAGGUCGUGAUGUCUUGCUGCUGCGCCUGCUGCUGCGGAGGGUCCGGUGGGAACGGCGGAGGCUUAGGAAUUACAUCAGGGAUUUCAGCCCUGCUAUCGCUGAUCGUUAUAACGGUGGCAAUAACGACCGGCGAGUGGCUGCUCACCGAAGAAAGACUACCGAAAUCGACGUCGAGCAACGCGAGCGUCGAACCGGACAGCAAGGUGACCUACAGCGGGCUUUGGAGGGUUUGCGCAACGCUCGCUUCGCACGUGCAGUACGAGUGCUUCAACAUCGACUAUUUUCCAAGCGAGGAGUACAGCCCAGAUCCCAACGACUCGACAAUGGCCAUACCGUACGCUGUGACCAAGUCGACGAUGUUUUUUUUAGCGGCGACCCUCCUGCUGGUAGCGGCAGAGGUUUGCUAUUUCGCUGCACACGUUUCCCAUCCAAAACACCGGCUCUGCGUUUUUAUCGCCGGCGUGGUUUUCAUAGUUUCCGGAUUGCUGAUGCUGGUCGGCAUGGUGAUGUACAUAUCGGUAUUCAAGGCGGAGGUUGGGAGUAAAUUAAGAACGAGAUCGUCGUUUCAAGGUCCGCAAUUCACGUACAGAUACGGCUUUUCCUUUUUACUAUACGUAAGCGGAUUCAUAACGACCGAAGUUGCUGGUACCUCGGCGAUAUUUCUGUACAUAUCCUGGCACCAGCAGGAAUGGAUCAGGAAAGACUCCCGGCGUAAAAAUUAUGGGGGAGUCUAUCAGCUGGAGCACCACAUGCACCAGCAGAAUCACGUUAAUCACCAAAACCACGGUAGCUUUCUAUGCGAGAGGCAUCAAAAGCGUUACUUCUUUGGCAGAGACUCCGUGGACGUUGAUUUCGACGAAUUUCUACCCCCGCCUCCAAGUCUGGACUACAUAGAAUAUCCUAGACAAUUCCCGCGGGAUCUGACGGCGCAAACGGUGAGCACCACCGCCGAUGUGCUUCAAGAAGAGUACAGCCCCAGUGCUCAGCACGAAUUCGUAACGUUUGACCUUGAGGAGCCGCUUCCGCCGCCACCUCCGAUCAGGGAAUGCGGAUGGGGCUUGGAUACGAUAAGAAGAACGACUCCCGUCUGAUACAGCGUCAGGUACACAAAACUGGUACAAGAAUUUCAAUUGGACGACGAAGAUGACGAAGAGGAUGAGGAUGAGGAGGAUGGCGACGACGAGGAUGAGAACGAAAUCGAGGACCCGGAUAACAUCGACACGUCCAACGAUACCGAUCGUAUUUUAAAGGACAAGUGAAUAAUCCCGAUAUGACAAAGUCACGUGGGGGAGAAUCUGAAAAAAAUUCGAAGUUAACAAAGUUGUGCUGCGAUGUCUAGGUACAUAAACGUUUUUUUGCAUUCUUGGGAAAUGAUGAAAAUUGCAGAUUAAUUGGAAAUUAUGCAAUGGCAUACCCCCCCCCCCCCCCCCUGUUCCCCUUCCAUUUGUAACUACGACAGUUUGAUGAAUAAAUAUUACACCCUGAAGCAAAUUUUGAAUGUAUAUAUGUGCAUAUUGAGAUAAUUUAGUUCGCACUACUGAGAUUCCGAUCAACUGCCAACUGUCAACUGUCAAAUAUUCACGUUGGUAUAGGAAAAAAAGUAUUAUUAAUAAUGAAAAUUAAAUAAUCGAUUCUGUCCUACGUAAGAUAACUGAAUAUGCCCAAAUAUUCAGCUUACAAUCAUUGUUAUACGCAUAAUUGAACGCUCAAAUGAACAUUCUAUCGAACUCAACUGAUUUAUAAAUAAAUAAAUGAAUAAAUAAAUAAGCGCCGUUUCUAAAAGUGAUAUGUCAAUAAUUAUUUUUAAAUUUUCAACAACAGUGUUACGUAAUCGCUCGAUGGUAAUGGACUCGAUAAAUGAAUGGACUGUAUCACUAGCUUAAGAUUUAUAUUAAGAGUUGAAAGAAAUUGUUUUCGCUAAGAACGGAAGUGUUCAGUGCGGUGUAGCGUUAAUGGACGUUAAUUUCAAUGAGAUGAAACGAUCGCGAUAAUCGCGGAUCUACUAGGUGUAAUUAUAAACAUCCGUGCCAAUGAUCAAUAAUAAUCGUAACUUUAAUCAUAAAUGUCACACGGUAUGAAAUAUGAAAUUGUAAUGGAUAGAGUCGUUGGAGGAUCAUCACUAUCGUCUGUUUCACGCUAUUGUUAUUCGAAUACUUGUCAGGACGAUGAGACUAGGCCAACAAAUAACAAGAGGUGAUUAAUUGAUGCCAUAAAAAUUGGAGCCAGUGGCUCGAAGCUUUCGCUCUGAAAUCAGUAAGAUUCAUCGUUUUAAGCUACGCGCCGUUUCUCCCGCGAUCUGGGUAUAUUUUACCCGGUAAUAAAGAAAAAAGCAGACGAACCGAAAUACUUCAAAUAUGGUAAUUUGUCUAUACAGCGAUAUCGUACGUCGUUACUAUAAUAUUCGUAAUUAAUCAUUUCUAAAAUAAUAUAGUCGAAAGAGAGACUUAAAUAAAUGCAUGACAUCGACAGCUGUUAAUCAAGAUGGACGUCAGAAAAGUUCUGCGCGAUACUACACACUGAAAAUUACUUACUCUUCAAACCGCUUGCAUAAUUAUUCAUGUGCAGUUAUUGUUUUUCCUCGUUAUGCUAUAUUUUCGUGUUCUUAAUUUUGCAAGCAGCCCUGUCGAAUCGAUUUUCAUUUUCAUAAUUUCCUCUACCUGGAAGGAAAUAACGCAGUUAAAAUAAAUGGUUAUUUAUAC